AUGAGUAACAAUCUUCUUCCUCCUCCGCCCUUACCAAUUUUUAAGCAUCCUCUGUGGGCGGCGCAGUUGAUAAAGCAUCUUCAUGGGGGUAAUAAUCGCGAUGAGGUUCUUAAACAACUCAACAAUCUCAUUAAACAGCAGUCAAGUGAAGCAAUGCGUAUCAAUCUUGGAUUUCAUUUGUGGAACUCCUCACUUACAACCACCACACUUUUACAGGAAGUAGUAGCAGCAUACGCCAAGUUUGAAGUUUCAACAUUAAACAUGGCAGAAUCUCUUCAAGUUUGUAAGGCUCUUACUGUAUGGCAGUGUAUAGCUUCUUACCCAGAUGGAAGAAGGGGUCUCGUUAACGGUAGAGUCUUGUUACAAUUUUAUUCGAAUUUUCUUUGUGGAUUGUGA